AGAAGCCGCGAGCCACCGCCCAGCUCUAACUGCUAGCGGAGCAGCGGGAGGAGCACUAACCAGGUGAGAAGCACACAGAGCACUAACCAGGAAAAUGGCAGACAGUUUUUCCCUUAAUGAUGCCUUAGCUGGCUCUGGAAACCCAAACCCUCAAGGAUAUCCGGGUGCAUGGGGGAACCAGCCUGGGGCAGGGGGCUACCCAGGGGCCUCCUAUCCUGGGGCCUACCCAGGUCAGGCUCCUCCAGGGGCCUACCCAGGACAGGCUCCUCCAGGGGCAUAUCCUGGACAGGCUCCUCCUAGUGCCUACCCCGGCCCAACUGCUCCUGGAGCUUAUCCUGGCCCAACUGCUCCUGGAGCCUUCCCAGGGCAACCUGGGGCCUACCCCAGUGCUCCUGGGGCCUAUCCUGCUGCUGGCCCCUAUGGUGCCCCCACUGGACCACUGACAGUGCCCUAUGAUCUGCCCUUGCCUGGAGGAGUCAUGCCCCGUAUGCUGAUCACAAUCAUGGGCACAGUGAAACCCAACGCAAACAGUAUUACUCUAAAUUUCAAGAGAGGGAAUGACAUCGCCUUCCACUUUAACCCCCGCUUCAAUGAGAACAACAGAAGAGUCAUUGUGUGUAACACGAAGCAGGACAAUAACUGGGGAAGGGAAGAAAGACAGUCAGCUUUCCCCUUUGAGAGCGGCAAACCAUUCAAAAUCCAAGUCCUGGUUGAAGCUGACCACUUCAAGGUUGCGGUCAAUGAUGCUCACCUGUUGCAGUACAACCAUCGGAUGAAGAACCUCAGGGAAAUCAGCCAACUGGGGAUCCUCGGUGACAUAACCCUCACCAGCGCUUCCCAUGCCAUGAUCUAAGCCAGAAGGGGCGGCACCAAAACUGGCCCUGGGGAAAUUAUGAGCAGAAAACUUUGGCAUUUCUUUUUUUAUCCUUCUUGUAAGACAUCCAUUUAAUAAACAGUCUCAUGCCGAGA